AUGGCCUUCCCCAUCCCCCCUCCGCCCAAGACGGCUCUUGGCUACCACCGCAUCCUCUCGCCCUCGGCUGGUGUGAGGGUAUCGCCCCUCUGCCUGGGUGCCAUGAACUUUGGUGAUGCCUGGAAGGGUUUCAUGGGCGAAUGUGACAAGAAGACGACGUUUGAGAUUCUCGAUUACUUCUUUGAGAAUGGUGGAAACUUCAUUGAUACUGCGAACAACUACCAGGGCGAGGAGAGCGAGGAAUGGCUCGGCGAGUGGAUGAAGGCGCGCAACAACCGCGACCAGGCAAAUCGUUCUUGCUACCAAGGCAACCACGCCAAGAGCUUGAAGGCCUCAGUCGCUGCUAGCUUGAGGAAGCUGCAGACCGACUACAUUGACCUCCUGUACUUGCACUGGUGGGACUUCUCCACCUCGAUUCCCGAGGUCAUGCAGAGCCUGCACCAUCUCGUCCAAUCCGGCAAGGUCACUUAUCUGGGUGUCUCCGAUACUCCUGCCUGGGUUGUCAGCAAAGCCAACCAAUACGCGCGAGACCACGCCCUGACGCAGUUCUGCGUGUACCAAGGGCGGUGGAGCGCGGCGGACCGCGACUUCGAGCGCGACAUCAUCCCGAUGGUGCGCGACGAGGGCAUGGCGCUGGCGCCGUGGGGCGCGCUGGGCGGCGGCGCGUUCAAGACCGAGGACGAGAAGGCCAAGGGCGAGGGCCGCAACAUGCGGCCGCAGAGCGACAACCAGCGCGCGGUGACGGUGGUGCUGGACCGCCUGGCCAAGGCCAAGGGCACGCUCAUCACCAGCGUCGCCCUCGCCUACGUCAUGCACAAGGCCCCUUACGUCUUCCCCAUCGUCGGCGGCCGCAAGGUCAGCCACCUCAAGGGCAACAUCGACGCCCUGACCCUCGAGCUGUCCAAGGACGAGAUCCGCGAGAUCGAGGACGCCGUGCCCUUCGACGUCGGCUUCCCGUCCAGCAUGCUCUUCGAGUUCUUCGGCCAGCAGAAGUGGCACUCGGAGAUGAGCACCUUCGAUAUCCCGCUCGUCAAGUCGGCCGGUUACCUCGACACGGUGCAGCACGUCCAGCCUAUCAAGCCGAGGAAGAUUGAGUAA